AUCCAGUACUGGAGGUGAUGGACUCUCCUUGUCUUCAGUCAACUUUUCCCAGUUGAACAGAAAACUUCAAGAUUUAGAAGAAGAGAAUAAUAUACUGCGUCAAGAGCGUAAUCGUCUGUCAGAAACUGCAGAUCAGCUGGAUGAACAUGAAACUGCUCUAGUUCGAGAUUGUGCACGUCAACUGAUUGCUGCCAAUAUGCAUAUACGUACAUUAUCAGAUGAAUUGGCUAAAAAAUCUGAUGCUUAUAUUAAUCAACAAUCUGAAGUGACACGUCUACUAACCCGAGGAUUAGAUUUAGAAAGUCGAGUUAAACAGUUGACAGCAGAAAAUGAAAUGUUGAUUAAUCGUCUGAAAGAAGCACAAAUAUCACAGACGUUAUUGACAAGUGAAUUGAAGACAUCACGUGAUAAAUACGAUGAAUGCUUAACACUGUAUAAUGAAGCAAGAUCGGAGAUUCGUGCACUACGGAAACGUUCUCGUCGUAGCUAUUUUCGUCCUGGUUCCCUAAUGUCUAACACAUCUAUCAUGAAUAGUCCAACUUCUUGGCAUCAUACACCAUCAUUGUCAUCUAAUUAUUUAAGUGGAAUUGCUAUAACACCUACUCAGUCAGAUCCAGAUCCUACAUCCUGUUAUAAUCCUUCAUCUUCGCAUCAAAACGUUAGUGAUGAUGACGAUGGCAGUUCAUCAUCACUGGAUAUGCUGGCUACACAACAACAUCCUGGUUCAGAUAAUUUAGAGACUACACUGGCUGCAGAUUUAGCGCAUACAAAAAUGAAAGAAUAUGCUGCUGAUAAUGUAAAACAUUUGUUCCGUGCUAUGGAACAAGUUCGAUCCACUCGUACACCGAGUAGUCAGCCAACUUCAUCAAUUGAUAAUAAUAAUCAUAAUAUAAUGCUGCCUGAAUCAGGACAAGAAGAUACAGUCUCCAGUAGUGGUUUUGUUAGUGGAUCAGAACCAUCAGAAAAUCCUCUUAAACAUAGAUCCGGUGGAAGUGAACAAGUUUCUGAUUCUGGAAGUCCUUAUGCUGGCAGACUACUGGCUAAUCAAAAUAUUAGUCCUAUCCACUUACAGGAUGUUGAACGAAGACCGGGUUCAGGAGGUUAUCAACAACAGCAACAUCAUCACUAUUAUCAAACCAGAUCAAAUCAUGAGCAUUUAUUGGAGUCUGAGAAACGACAUAGUUGGUUAGGCUGUUGUGAUAUCUCAUCCAAUGUCUCUGAGAAAGGAUAUCUUUCAGGUCAUGAUUAUAAUAUAAAGUAUAAAAAUAGUUUUGAUGAUAGCCUGCUAUCCUGUGAUCCAGAUGUAGUGGGAACUAAUCAGUUAUACUAUAAAUUACCUCAACGCUUAAAACUUAUAAAACCAUUGGAUGGUUCUAAUGUUUUACAACAUUGGCAGAAUUUAGCUACUCCAAGUUUUACUCGAGCAUUGUUUGACGCUCCACUACCUGGAGUUCAAAGUCGUGCUGGUGUACCAAAUACAGCAAGCAACAGUGCAAGUAAUACAAAAAUCACUGAUGAUAAUAUCGACGAUAAACGACGUACUAUGUCAUUUCAACCAUUACCGCUUAAUUCAAUCAGUUCUAAAUAUGAUGAUGGUUUAACGACAUAUUCUACUUUUAAUUCACCACAGACUCAAACCAAUGUCAAGUUUCCAUGUGAUUCGUUGGAGAGACGCCAUAAAAUAUCAUUAAUUUAUCGAAGGCAAAUUUAUGUCUAUCAAUUUGGAUCGAAUUCAUCAACUUGUCUAUUAAAUAAUCGAAUAAGAGCACGAUCAUUGGAUCAUUUGAUUAUGGGAUCACCAUCUGGCACCACCACCGGUGGGGGUGGUGGCUCAUCGUAUUGUAAAGAUAAAAUCAAUGAAUCUGUACAGUUCUCUCGAGCUUUUAAUCAUAUCCGAUUAGAUGACUCAUCAAUGACAAUGUCACCAACCGCGCCUUUUCGUACACCAUUCUCUUUAACAUCAUUAGUUUCUGCUAUUCUACCGUUUAGUGUCUCCCCUCAAUCAGAUGAUAAGUCAUCAUCAGUGAGUAAACCAUCAGUCACAUCGUCAUCAAACAUCACUGAAUCAAUGCGUUUACGACCGAAGUGUCCAUUAGCUACUACUACUACUGGUCUACAAGGCUUAUUAGAUAUGCAUAAAGAAGAAGAUUCUGAUACCUCUAAAACACUACUUCAUCGGACAUCAUCAUCAACUACAUCGAAGUCGAUUCCAGCCAAUCAAACCACGUCAUCGUCGUCGUCAUCAAUACCCAUAUGUUCAAAUACACCAAAUCCACAACCACCAACAUUAAUUUGUCCUAAUAUUGUAAAUCGUCCUACUCAAUAUACACGUUCAUCACGUGGCACUAAUUUGACAGAGAUUACUGAAGAGUCCAGCUCACCUCCGAAAUCUCAGGAGUCAUUAUCACAACAACAGCAACAACAAGAAACACAACAGAUCCAUGAAACAACUCUAGGAUCACAAGAGUAGUUUUGUAGCGUUCUUUUUCAUUGAUGAUCAACUAUCAUCUCACAACCGUGUGCCUGUGUGUGUGUGUGUGUUCUUUUUAUCACAGUUUACAGUCUUUCAUUGAAAUUCCUUGUUCCAAUCAGUUUCUUUUUUUUCUGUGUGGCUUUGCACACAACACAUUCAUCAAUUUAUCGAUGUAUCCGUUGAUGAAUGAAACACAGAACAAACUAAUAGAAUAUUUUGUUAGUUAGAGAUCAUGUAUAGUGGUUUGUUAGUCUCUCUUUCUCUCUGUUUAGCAUUCCUGUCGCCAAUACGUACAUGCAUAGAUACAUACUUCUGGCGUAUUUUGUGCACAUCUGUGAAUAAUAAUAAUAAUAAUAAGUGAUAAUAGUAGUGACUUCCGACCCCUCUUUGAUUGUUAUUUAUAUAUUUAUUUCGUUUAGCUUUCGUUAUCAAAGCCUAUCAUCAUGUUGUGUUAUACACUGACUCAAUCACUCACUCACAUUAUUGGGCUUGACGUGUGUUUAUGUGUAUACAUACCCUGCCCCUCCUCACCAUUGCAUAAAACUGAUGAUGAUGAUUCCCAAAUUCCUAUCGUUUCAUCAUCACUUUGACUAUUAUUUUUUAUGUUUAUUCUUUCUUACUACUAACAGUAGUAUAGAAGUAGUUACUGCAUUUGCGCUUUUACUAUUCAGUCUUCAAGCUACAUGCUUACAGUUCACGUUGUAUAUUUCUCGUCUUUUUUUUGCUCUUCAAAUUUUACUACUGAAACAAACAGUUAGAUAAACUCACUUUUACCAAUCGGAUCAUCCUUUUUUGUAGUAAUAUUUGUAAUAAUAAUAAUAAUAAUAAUGUAUACAACACCAGUGCAUUAACAAAAAUAAUAAUGACUUUGAGAUAGUUAUAUUGAAUAUAUCAUGUUGAACCAUCAUUGUGUUGCUUGCUUGUUUCUUCGUUUGCCUAUUUGGUGAAAAAUAAUUUAACUCUGCAAAGAUUAAUUCUGCUAACUAUCGUUUCUUUGUUUUUCCCUAAACUUCUUCUUGUUUAUCAGCAUCUCAUUAUUCUCAUCAUUAAAUAUUUGCCAGUAAAACAGUAAGAGUUGCUUACCUGCUUGCCUCUUUUACUACCUUCUUUACUUGUUUGAGUGAAGUUAACACUGUUGUGCACUGUAUGUACGUGUGUGUGUGUGUGUGUGUGUCUGACUGAUUGACUGAGUGAGUGAAUGGGUGGGCGUCUGUUUGUUGUAUACUUUUCUCUCUUUAUGUUAUAACCAUCAUCAUUAAUAAACCCAGUGAAUUCAUUUUAGUUUUUCCUUCUUUUACACACACACACACACAGUAUUUAGCCUUCACAUACAUGUAAAGAACCAGCUACGGCAAAGUAAAACUAUACGGUCCCAUAGGAUGCGAACGCACGAGUGACCUUGGGUUGACUAAUCGUAUAAAUUAGUGAUUUUUGCACACACACAAAAUGAUUUUUAUUUGCAAGAAAAUGCAUGAAAACACAUUGACACAGGGUAUCUUUCUCUGACAUAACUUGAAAAUACGUCUCAGUUAUAGUGAGGAGUAUCAGUUUUUUUAAGUUAGACUAGUUUCUGUACAUGUAUUCACCUUGGUGGUGACUUCAGGUGUGCUUAUUGAGUGACUCGUUUAUCGCUCUUAUCCUGAACUGUGAAAAGAACGUUAGAAACAUUGUGUAGAAUCCAACAAGCUAUCCGA